AGAGCAAAGAUGCCAACCCCGAACAUCUCCACCUCUGCAGCCAAAGGUUUCCGCAGGGCGGUGUCAGAGCUGGACUCCAAGCAAGCUGAGGCCAUCAUGUCUCCACGGUUCAUUGGUAGGCGUCAAAGUCUCAUUGAAGAUGCCAGGAAGGAAAGAGAGGCUGCAGCUGCAGCCUCUGAUGCUGCAGAGUCUACAGAGACCAUUGUCUUUGAGGAAAAGGAUGGGAGAGCAAUGCUGAACCUCUUCUUCAUGCUCAAGGGAGCCAAGACUUCACCACUGUCCCGUGCACUUAAGGUGUUUGAGACAUUUGAAGCUAAAAUUCACCACCUGGAGACCAGGCUUAGCCGAAAGCCCCGAGAAGGCACUGCUGAACUGGAAUACUUUGUGCGCUGUGAAAUCCACAGCUCUGACCUCAAUACUUUCAUUAGCUCCAUCAAGAGGGUAACAGAAGAUGUGAGGACCACUAAGGAAGACAAAUUUCACUGGUUUCCCAGAAAAAUCUGUGAAUUGGACAAGUGCCACCAUUUGGUCACCAAGUUUGACCCUGACUUGGAUCUUGAUCACCCGGGCUACUCUGACCAAGUAUAUCGCCAGAGAAGGAAAUCAAUAGCAGAAAUUGCUUUUCACUAUAAGCAUGGGGACCCAAUCCCUCACGUGGAGUACACAGCAGAGGAGAUUGCCACCUGGAAGGAGGUGUACAGCACCCUGAAGAGCCUGUAUCCCACCCAUGCCUGCAAGGAGUACCUUGAAGCUUUUAAUCUACUGGAGAAAUACUGUGGCUACAACGAGGAUAACAUCCCUCAGCUGGAAGACGUCUCCCGCUUCCUGAAAGAGAAGACCGGAUUCCAGCUAAGGCCAGUGGCUGGCUUGCUGUCGGCGCGGGACUUCCUCGCCAGCCUGGCCUUCCGUGUCUUCCAGUGCACUCAGUACAUCCGCCAUGCGUCGUCGCCCAUGCACUCCCCUGAGCCGGAUUGCUGUCACGAGCUGCUGGGUCAUGUCCCGAUGCUGGCUGACAAGACAUUUGCCCAGUUCUCUCAGGACAUUGGGCUGGCAUCUCUGGGAGCAACUGAUGAAGAAAUUGAGAAACUUUCAACACUUUACUGGUUUACGGUGGAGUUUGGGCUCUGCAGACAGAAUGGGAUAGUCAAAGCCUAUGGAGCUGGGCUUCUGUCUUCCUAUGGGGAGCUCAUACAUUCCCUGUCAGAUGAACCAGAGUUGCGGGACUUUGAUCCUGACACUGCUGCUGUUCAGCCCUACCAGGACCAGAACUACCAGUCCGUAUAUUUUGUGUCCGAGAGCUUCAGCGAUGCCAAAAGUAAACUGAGGAGCUACGCAGCACACAUCAAGCGGCCCUUCUCAGUGAAAUAUGAGCCCUACACCCACAGCAUUGAGCUCCUGGAUAGCCCUCAGACGAUCUGUCACUCCCUGGAGAGCGUAAGGGAUGAGAUUCACUCGCUGAUUAAUGCGCUCAAUGUUAUCAGUUAAUAUGAGAACUGGGCUCUUCACUUCUCCUCUUCCCUCUCAACCCCAAAACCUCCUGCUCUGCCCUUGACUAGUUCCCAACUGAUAACUCCUACCCAUCUUCUCCAAACAUUUGCACCGCUGCCUGUCACCAUGCAACCCCACCAGCUUUCCACUUUUGUAUGUAGGGCCAGCUCAGAGGAGGGUAGGCAGGCAGACCCAAGGGCUGCUGGCUUGUUGAGGUGGCUGUUCUAUUGACUGCUGGAAGAGGCUUAGC